AUGGGGCUCGAGGCACUCGAGGUGUCUCCGCCGACUUCAGACAAUGCUGAUACGCCCGCGGAAUAUUGGAAGACCCAAGACCCGUACAUCUUCAAACCAGCAGAGUGGUUCUUUAAAGAAAUUGCUAGUGGAAAUACAAAACGGCCUCAUUCAAUUUCAUGCGAAGAGGUAGAUCAGCAAGUCAAUGGCACACCGCUUCCAGUCUCGAGCCAUGGAAGAAUCUUUCGUUUCAAUGACCAGUUGGGUUUCCUGCUGAUCCAAUUCAUGCGUCCACAAGUCUGGCGUAUCAGGUUUCAUAGCACAAAUACAACGCCCUCGGACUUUUCCGACUAUAACACGAGAACCAUCGUCCAGGAUACACUUACAAAGACUAUUGAGAUUUUAGACCUUGCCGAGGGCUUGUCCUGGCAUGUCGAACUCGUACAGCCGAACGAUGAAUACUACGUUUUACAAUCAGUCCUCGGCUCUGAAUCAGUAGACGACCCGUCUCGCAAGGUUAUUGUCCAGCUGUGGAUUGAGCGGAAACCAAUCAACAUCACCGCAGUCAGAGCAAUCAGAACCACCAGUGUUCUGACGCAGCUACCAACCUUGUCAUCAAUUUCAAAUGCCAAGCCUGAGCAUAUGAAAAAGUUGACAAUCAACACACCUCCAGACUCACAAGUUGCUGUCAUCUGGCGAACCAAAAAUGAUCCACUACAAUGGCUAGAUAAUGCAACUGUUCUGGCAGUUGAAAAGCCGCUGAGCGCAAGAUAUGCGGGCUUCGGUGAGCAAGGCGGGCGCAGGCUGUUCAAAGACAACGUCUGCAUGAACUACUUUAAUUUUGACAACAUGCGAUACUUCAACGUCUAUGGAAAAGAUCGCAAGGAUGGGCCGUAUUCAGAUAGUGAGCCUUUGUAUCAUUCUGAGCCAUACUGGAUCGAAAUGAAUGCACACCCUGGUACACAAUCUCAGUUAGCCACAUUUGUGGACAACUAUUCCGAUGUCAAGCUAGACCUUGGCCGCGUUGAUACUACGCAGCUCCGUAUCGCAACUAGAUUCAAUAGCUUCCAAAGCAUUUUCAUCGCUGGUGACGAUGUUGCACAAGUGAUUCGCCUGUACACGUCGCUCAUUGGCAGGCCCCAGCUGAAUCCGCGCUUCGUUCUGGGAAAUCAUCAAGGAUGUUAUGGCUAUGACACGCGAAAAAAGGUAGAGAAUACAGUCAACCAGUAUAGGAAGUACCAAAUCCCACUGGACGGAAUGCACAUCGACGUCGACAUUCAGCGCCUAUACCGAACCUUCAGUAUCAACACAGACGAAGGUCAUUUUCCACAGCCCGAGGAAAUGUUCAGUCGGCUCCGGAAGCAGGGAGUCAAAUGCAGUACAAAUAUCACACCUGUCAUUAGUCUCCUUUCUGACCCUAAAAAUCCCUACUCAGUUCUUGAUGAGGGCUUAAAGAAUAAAUACUUUGUCAUGGAUCGCCGUGAUGUCGAUCCGUCGGCGAGCUCCUAUGACAAGCAGAUAUCUCUCAACUUUGGGGCCGGAAACAGAUACUUUAAGAACCCCAACAACUUUGAUGACCUACCAAAGUACGAGACCAGAGGUGAUUACCAAUUUGAGAAUCUUUUCAAUCAGGAUCCCCCAGUCCCAUUCAGAGGGGGCGUCGAUUAUGGAGAUGGUAGGGGAGCUCCGGGCUACUAUCCUAACUUGAACAAUCAAGAAGUCAGGGAGUGGUGGGGCAGGCAAUACACGUACCUUUUCCAGACAGGCCUUGAGUUUGUUUGGCAAGACAUGACAUCGCCGUGCAUGGCUGAAGCAUUUGGCGACAUGAAAUCUUGGCCAUUUCGUCUACUUCUGGAUUCGGACGGCUGGAGUGGAGACCCUAAGGCUGCUGAAAAGAAAAAGGCCAUUGAGAUUUGGUCUCUAUACAGCUACAAUCUCCAUAAAGCUACAUUCCAUGGUUUGCAGGAGCUUGAGAGUCGUAGGGGUAAACGCAAUUUCAUCAUCGGCCGUGGCAGCUUUGCCGGUGCUCAACGCUUUGCGGGACUCUGGACCGGCGACAACGCUUCUACCUGGGAAUUUUUGGAUAUUUCUGUGACACAGGUGCUUGCACUCGGACUCGCUGGUAUGACUAUCGCCGGAGCGGAUGUCGGUGGUUUCGAACCCCUACACGAUGGCGAGUCUUGGGCCGACCCUGAACUUCUAAUUCGAUGGUACUGCGCAUACAGCUUGCUACCGUGGUUUCGAAACCAUUACAGUGGCAAGGGGGGCAAGAAACGUUUCCAAGAACCUUAUGCCUACGCUGAACUGCAGAAUUCGCCUGACUGGAGGUUUGUCCCUGAAAAAGACCGCAAUACAUAUUACUCUGUCUUGCCAAUUUGCCGCUACGUAAUUCAGCUGAGGUACAGUCUGCUUCAGCUACUGUAUGAUGCCAUGUUUGAACACAUGAUCAACGGUUUGCCGAUUGCGCGAGCCAUGAUCAUUACCGAUCCAUUGGACUCAUCACUCUAUGAUGCAAACCAGUGGUAUACGCGGAGUCAGUAUCUGGUCCGCAAUGAUCUUCUUGUCGCUCCAGCUCUUUGUAAGGAAUGUCAGCGAACGAUACGAAAAUUAUAUCUACCUGCUCCGGAUUACUGGUAUCCUGUGAACCUACGCCCAGGAACACAACUAUAUCUGAAUGGUAUUCUUGCUGAACCUUUGGCUCCCUGGGUCCGUGGUGGUACGUAUGUCGAUUUCGACUGUCACAUCUCUCCAGAUGAGAAACAGCUACCUUAUGCUACACCAAUGUACAUCCGCGAGGGUGGCAUUAUACCGCAAAUGGCAGCGGGUAACUGGGUACCGGAUCGCACUCGGGACGACAAAGAUGCUCCGCCAAAUCCACUGACGAUCAAUAUUUACCCCGGCAAGGAUAACAGCUACGACAUGUAUCUCGACGAUGGGGUAUCACGAGAGAGCGCCCCGUGUAAUGUCUACCUCUCUGCACUACCAAAUGAAGCUAAGGGAGAGGUCGUGACGAAACUGGCCAACGCAUAUGGAGACCAUGAGGCGAAUAGCAUAUUCCGGCACGUAAAAUUCGAUCAAACAACCCUGAGUGAAUUUGGUAGCGACCAAAUGAGAGACAUACGGCGAAUAAGAGUUUCAACACCGUUCUCGAAGUAUGGAGAUGACCUGGUCGAGCGGGACAUUGGCCGAGAGUAUCGCAUUGUGGUAUGGCAUGCCUCAAGGUGGCCUGCAGUGGAAAUGAACCUGGACGAAGUCAAAGUAAAUAUCGAGGGAAAUGUUGAGGUCCGCUGGGAAAUGGAUAAAGCGCUGCGUGCAACUGUGGCAUGGGUUCCCGUCUCUGCUACUGCGGACGUGACGAUAGACGUUAGCUGUCCAGCCUAG